UGAUUAAUAAAAAGUUUGAAAUGAAAGAACAUCAUUUAUUUGGAAAUGUUUUGUAACAUUAUAAAUGCCUCUACUGUCCUUUUUUCCCCAUUAUUGUACUGUGAGGUAGUUGGCCAUAAACGCUAGUUUGACUCUUACCCUAGUUCGUAAUACUAAUUGGACCUGGAGUUUACUUACUGCAUAUCGAGGGUGUUUAUGAAAACAGCACAUUUUCAGUGUUUUGGUUUUUGUGUUCUAGGAAGCACUGAUCAUAGCCAGCAUGGAGCAUCCUCAUCUAGUGCAUCUUUUGGGGGUCUGCUUGAGUCCAAAUAUUCAGCUGGUAACUCAGCUCAUGCCCCACGGCUGCCUGCUGGACUACGUACAUGAACACCAGGAGAACAUCGGCUCCCAGCUGCUGCUCAACUGGUGCGUGCAGAUCGCAAAGGGUAUGAUAUACCUGGAGGAUAGGCGGCUGGUGCACAGGGACCUCGCGGCACGUAACGUCCUGGUAAAAUCUCCAAACCACAUCAAGAUCACUGAUUUUGGACUUGCUCGACUGCUGGAAACCGAUGAAAAAGAGUACAGUGCGGAUGGAGGCAAGAUGCCCAUCAAGUGGAUGGCUCUGGAGUGCAUUCAUUACAGGAAGUUCACACAUCAGAGUGAUAUAUGGAGUUAUGGGGUGACUAUCUGGGAGCUGAUGACUUUUGGAGGAAAGCCCUAUGAUGGGAUUCCCACACGUGAGAUUCCAGACAUCUUGGAGAAGGGCGAACGUUUGCCCCAGCCACCCAUCUGCACCAUAGAUGUCUAUAUGGUGAUGGUGAAAUGCUGGAUGAUUGAUGCUGAUAGUCGGCCUCGAUUCAAAGAACUCGCUGCAGAGUUCAGCCGCAUGGCACGAGACCCUCAGAGAUACCUCGUCAUACAGGGCGAUGAUCGUAUGAAGCUGCCCAGCCCCAACCACAGUAAGUUCUUCCAGAGUCUUUUAGAUGAAGAGGAGCUGGAUGACCUGAUGGAGGCUGAGGAGUACUUGGUUCCUCAGACGUUAAAUGCUACUCCCACUUCCCAUAUGCCCCACCCAAACCUAGAUUCAAAUCAAUUUGGGUAUCAUGGUGGAAGUUUGUGCCCAGAAGAUGUGAGAGGGUCCCGAACUCAUGAGGCAGGUGCUACAGAAAUUGGCCCCUUGGUCCUGGCAGGUAUGCAAAGAUCAGGUCUGGACCCAGGAGACGAGAAACACUGUAAUGGAAUCUUGAGGAAACAGCCCACAACUCACUCAGUAGAAGACAGCAGCAGCCAGCGUUACAGCGCAGACCCAACUGUCCUUCUGGGAGAAAAAGGACAGAGGGAAGAUACAGAUGAGGAUGGUUAUAUAUCCACUAUGAAGGACAAGAUCUCCACAAAUCAUCUGAAUCCCUUGGAGGAUAACCCUUUUGUAACAAGGAGUAAAAAUAAAGACAUUCACGCUCUAGACAACCCAGGUUACCACAGCACCCCUGAUGGAAAGCCCAAAUGUGAAGAUGAAUAUAUCAAUGACCCCCUUUACCUCAACACAUUCAACAACACCAGUGACAUGAACCAGGAAAUGUUAAGGAAAAAUGGAAUCUCUAUCCCACUGCAGGUCAGCACAGCGGCCCACACUCCAGACACCCAUGUUCCCAACAUCACACAAAUGGGUAAACCCCAUCAUCACAGCCAUGGACUGCACGUACACUUCGCCAUACCACCAGUUAAGACUGUACUUCCUGAUCUACAUACUCAUUCAGUUCAGUCGGUCUAUGAUCAUGGCAGCAAAUCUGGCCCUCCAGUCCCAGCAGGCCAGAUUUGCCUAGUGAGCCAUCAACCAGGGCACCCAAGCAAAUCUAAUCAUUCACCCCAACAGUUUCACUUGGCAAAGUCCAGUAAAGGUGGCACAAUGGGCCUACCGGGUCACCCAGUGCAAGUGGACAAGAUGUACAAGAAUAGCUUUGACAAUCCUGAGUAUUGGCAGCAUAGCCUCCCACCCAAGGUUACCCCUCAAAACUCCCAAGCCUCUUCAGUGAUCUGCAAUAACAAGUUCCUUAACAAGCAGAAUGGCCACAUACAGCCUGCUGUUGCUGAAAACUCUGAAUAUCUGUCUAGUAUUAAGCCAGGAAUGGUCCUGCCUCCUCCUCCUCCAUACCGGCAGAGGAACACUGUGGUCUAGUGCCCAGGUCUCCAUUCUCUGUAGAGCCUGGUUCUUCUACCAGCACCUUAAAUGUCUUUCCUUGAUCCUCUGGUGGUCAAAAAUGGGACGAGAAACAAUACAAGUCACUGAACCAACAUAAUGUCACAGAAAAUAUAGCAGAAAAACCAUGGGGGGAAAGGUCAACACAGCCCAUCCAUUCCCAAAGACCUCACAAGUCAUCCAGGAACUUUUUUUUAAUUCCUCUACAGGUAUUUUAAAGUUUUUCAUUCAGUAUGACACAUAAUCAGAUGUACUGUAACAUCAUUAAUUUGUUUAAAUUAGAUAUUAAUUACACUCUUAAAAACAAAAGUAAAAGAAAAUGGGGUUUUCACAGCAAUUCCAUAGAACAGGAGUAUCCAAACCUGCUCCUGGAGGGCCAAGAGUUUAGUUCCAACCAGCUCCAACACACUUGCCUGGAAGUAUCUAGUGAGUCUCAAGACAUUGAUUACUCUGUUUCAGGUAUGUUUUAUUAGGGUUGAAGCUAAACUACUGGAGGACAGGAACAGGUUUGGACACCACUGCCCUUAGAAGAACCAUGUUAGGUUCCCCAAAGAACCUUUCAGUGAACAGUUCUUAAAAGAACCAAUUUUCCUUAGUUUGAAGAACUUCUGAAGAACCUCUUUCCAUUAUGAAGAACAUUUUGUGCAAUGGAAAUACAUUUUUAAGAGUGUACAGUACAGUAGGUGGUUCCAUCUAGGUGGUUCCAUUUGGAUGUUUGAAAUUAAAAAUGUCAUUCUGAAUGGACAGAGGUGUUUAUUUAAGAGAUAGUAGGUGUGAAUAUGCACUUAAAUUUUAUAUUUUUAUGACUGGAACACUUGCUUUUUCAGCUCAUCCUUCAUAUGGCUAAAACUGCUCCCCUACUGGGACGACUACUGUUAGACCUGAAAGGAUUGUGAAAUUAUUGACAGUUGAGUUCCUCAGCACAAUGAGUUAAAUAGGAGGCUGAUAAAGGCACUGAAAUGCAUUUGCUUGUUUUGGGAAUACAAUACAAUAAUCUUCAAUAAUGGUCAUCGACCAUUUGGUGAGCGUUGAACUCACCUGUUGAGAGAUGUGAAGAAUUAAUUAUCAGGAAGAAUGGCACUGAAUGGUUUACAGGCUGUUUACAUUAAUUUACUUUAUUGGUACCUGAAAUGAGUAAGCACAGACAAAGGCUGUCUGGGAACUUAAAUUCUCCUUUGACUAAAUUUUUUACUGUUAUUUUUGAGUUCUUACUGGUUAAAAGACAUAAUUCAAGUUAGUGGAUAUUCUAUCAAAACAUUGAAAUCAACAAAAUUGAAACCAUGUUUUUCCAGCAAUCAAAUGUUUCAUAAUCAUUCAAAAUAUUUGGCUGACAUCAAACCACACUGUAAAUUCUAAUUAGUAAACCUUACUUUAAAAAAGCAUCCAAACCGAUGGCCUUGAAAAAAAAUAUAAAUAAAUAAAUACAAGUAAAGUGUGAAAUAAGAAUUUCUUUUUAUCCACCUUUUUCCUCAACGCAGAAGUAAGCCUAAGGGUACUUACAUUUCUUUCCAUUUCUAUUGCCGCUAUAGGUAAAUAACGAAGAGAAUAACAACAUACAUAUUAGGCAGCAAAACAAACUGUUUUAUACAGCUAAAAAUAGCUGGAUGCAAAUGAAGCCGGAAGCUAGAACCAUAGAAUUUACAAAUGGCGGCGCCCAUUUUUACGUAAGGAAAAGGUGGAUACUAACAAAGCUUUGUUUAGUGUUGUAAACAGACCAUCAAUUUCUUUUAAUUCAGAACUUUGAGUAUAUAUUAGUAUACAGAGUGCAAUAUAUUAUGUGUGUAUUUCAAACAGCACAUUUAUUUAAGCUGAGCUAAUUAAUGUAAAAUUUCCUUUAACUUGGAAUUUCUUUAUUUUAUUUACCUGAGCAACAAUCUAAUUUACUUGCUAAAACCAUGCAAACCUACUGCCUUAAAAAGAUGUUUUACCCUAGUAACUCAAGUACUUCAAACAUCCAGUACAAAUUAAUGAAAACAAUGUUCAGUUAUUCACACAUACAAAUAAACUUAAGGUAGUGACAGUUCAAAGUUAAAUGUAUUUUUUUUAUGGUUUUCUACAACUGCCAUUGCUCAUUUGCUAUUGUGGUUUACAACAACAAUGCAGUUUUAACUUCUAUUACAAACAUUUUGAAACAAUGCAAAAACAAUAUAAAUUAGGUUAUGCUUUUUGUAAACAGUGUAGGGAGCAGUAGGAUGAGUUUACUG